GCUUGGGUUUUCUGGAUGUCUAUCGCCUUCUCGGAUGCGCCGAUUGCCGCCUAUCUUCCCUUCCUUGCCCUCUUACCAUGCAUGUUGGUACUUCACCUCUUGCGCAGAAGAUGCGUUGAGAUUCAGGAUGCGGUGGAAAAGCUGAGAACCUUCGAGUUCGACAGCUUGGAAUGCGAAAGAGAGGAGGAGCGUGAGUUUGCCCAGCUCGCCGUUGAGCGCUGGUUCGGCAGCGCGAGCGAUUUCACAGAGCACGUGCGGGUGUCUCUUCACCCGACCAUGGAGAAGCAACUCCAGCUCCUCAAGGUUCCCACGCGCUACCUCGUCGUCGCGGUGGCGGGGCCUCUGGCCAUGAGCUUGGACAUCUGGCUGGGGCUCUACAAGGCCUCCGCUUCGAGUGACCUCCUCAUGCGAUACUUGGCCGGCCAGCUGAUCGGCUGCGACCUGCUCUGGACUCUCGCGAGCUUGCAGCUGGCAGUGCUGUUGGCCAAGCGAUUCGCCCAGCCUUGGUGGCCAGGCUCUGACCUCCUGCAGACUUUGGCCUUGGGUGCGUUCUGCUCCGGCUUCUUCGUGCUGGGGGCCUACAUCGCCUUCCAGGUGAGCAGUGGCAGCGUGGCGGCCUCCGUUGCUUGGGCCGUCUUUGCAUUCGGAAUGGUACAGCUCUUCGACUGCCUUCCUUGCAACCGGAGCAAGACAGAGGGCGAGGAGUGA